CUUUUUCCCGGUCUUUGCUGCUGUAAGCACUUGGGAGUGAGUGCUCUCAUAUAAAAACAACAUACAGUUUCAGACACACACACUCAUAUAUUCACCCUUUUCUUUGUACAUUUACUUCUUCUAACACCCUUUAUUUUUAUUUUUUUGAACACCAACUAAAUUGAUAGAGGAGGAAAAAAUAAAUAUUGCUAGCCUAUUUGUUAUGGGUAGAGAAUGGUACCUAAACUGGGGUACCAAGUCCUCCUCUAAGAAAGGAAAGACGAGCGGUAGUGGUAGUGGUAAUGGUAAUGGUCGUAGUGGUGGUAGUAGUCGAGGAGUAGAAAGAAAACCGACUACGCCACCAACGGCUACGGUGGCGGCUGCUGCUGCAUCUGCAGGAGGAUGCAUGAAUGCUGUACUUCAUCUGUUUGAUUUUCAGCAUUUUCAGUUGUGCUUACAUCCUCAAGAUGGUUCUUUUCUUCCAGAUGACCCCACCCCUCUAAAAGGUGUAGAAGCGCCAAGAAACAGCUUGGAAUCAGUCACAGAAGAAGAUAAGGAUGAUCAUUUACACAUUUCUAAGGAUAUUAAGAGGAAAACGAAUCGAAGAGACACAGCGCUGAAACUAGUCCAAGUGCCAAGAGGUAAAAUAGAAGAUUUGUCAUCAGAAAGCAGUUGUUCUCCUGCAAGUGCAAGGACACCAACCCUUGUAGCAAGGCUAAUGGGCUUAGAUAUUCUCCCAGAAUCAAACACAACAACACCAAGAUCAUCACAUUCUCAAGCAUUUUCUCCACACAUAAGAUCCUCAACCCCUCCCAUUUCCACCAAAACAAGAAAAUCUUGUAGUGCUUGUAGUACUCCUGGUACUAGAGCCUCCUACAGUGACAACGGCCCCGGCCCCCGGUCCUCGCCCGAGACACCAAGAUCAUUGCAAUCAACAAGAAGACGGUCCAUGGAUGUUGUUGAUCACCAUCGAUUAUCUCUCCAGAUCAACAAGGAGAACAACAUUCAGAGGGAGAUGGAGUUAUCGCGGCCUUCAUGUUCCGCGAUAACUACCAAGAGAAGAGAUGGGAAAAACUAUGAUGCUGAAGAAGUUGCUAAGAGUCCUAGCUAUUAUGCUAGGCAGAUUAUGAAACAAGUUAAGGAAACUGUUAGUAGAAGAGUUGGUGUUGAUAUUACUAACACAAUUGGUAGAGAACAUAGAAGAGAUGAACAUCUUUUGUCAUCUUCAACAACAAAAGCAGCAACAACAAUAAAACCCAAGAAGUCCAAAAAAGAUCAGUCUUCGCCGAGGUAUAAAACUUACAGUGACGAAAACCAUAAGCAUACGAACUCGAAAAAUUCGGAACAGCUCCCACCAGCUGUUCCUGAAGUAGUGCCUCCGCCAAAGACGGUCACAUUGCAAGCGAAACCAGUCGAAAGCGGGGAUGAAAGCUUAAAGAAGCAUGUUCAACCUACGACAACGACGCCAAGCAAGAAGCCUUUGAAGUCCUACAAUUCAAUAAGGAAUAAGAAAGAGGAACAAUUUGUUCACCCUUCAACAACGACGACAACGAGCAAGAAAUGCAAGAAGAAUAUGUUGUCUAGUGAUCUUCUUCACGGGACAGUCCCUUCACUUGUCUCCCUCAAGAAGGAUUCUUCUCCAAUACCUUCUCCUACAAAAUUACUUGACAAUCAGGGAGUUUCAUCAGAAGCUCAGCUUUCAAAGCGGCUUAUCAUCAACAACACCACCAGCACCACCACCACGGCACGGUUAUCUCGUUAUCCGAGACAACGGAUAGACGAAAAGAGACAAGAAGAAGCGACGCAUACACCCACCGACCGCUGGAGGAGUGGUAGGAAGGAUGCAGGUACAGGUACAGGUACUUCCGUAAUGGAGUUUCAGUACAUCAGUAGAAUACUGAAAUGUACUGGAAUUGACAGAGAUACCCCUGUUUCAUUUAUGAGGUGGUAUUUACCAUCACACCCUUUAGACCCAUCAAUUUACCACACUUUAGAAGCUACUCACUAUAUUACAACUAGUGACAGAUUUUGUGAACAGUUAAAUCUUUCAAUUAACAGAAAGCUAAUAUUUCAUUUAGUUGAUGAAAUGUUAGCUGAUAUGUUAAAACCUUAUGUUAAACUCAAGAAUCAUUAUCAUCGUCGUCGUCAUCAGAAAAAUCAUCAUGAUACACAGAUGAAUGGGUUUCAAUUAGUGAAGACGUUGUGCUCGAAAAUUCGAAGUUUUCCUAGUGCAGAUUGUCAAACACUACAAGAUAUUGAUGCACUUGUUGAGAAAGACAUGCCAAGAAUUGGAGCAACGAGUGAUAUGAUUGUUUACCACGACCAAGGCGAAGGCGACGACAUUGUUACAGAGAUUGAACGUUAUAUUAUGGACUCACUAGUCCAGGAAAUGUGCUACAUUGGUUAGUAGAAGUAGCAGUUUCCAUGCAAAUUACUAUUAGAUUAGGGAAGAUUGAUGUUAGUGAAUAAUAAUGAUGAUGUAAAUAAAAUGUUUGUUUUAGUUAGUUGAGAUUUUUCUUGUUGUUUGAUUCAAAAAUAGGAUUUAGGAAAUGAUGAGUGGGACCAUGUAAAUGUUAGUCAAAUGGGUUCUAAUUAGUGAUUUUUGUUAGUCGUUGGCUUUUGUUGGUUGCUUCUGUUAGUAUAUCCAUUAACCUUAUUAAUACCACAAAUAUAGAAAUAAUAAAAUUUGAAUUGAGCUUAAUACUUUGAAUAAUGUUUCUCCAAUGAU